GGCUGCUACCUCCCCUGUUCAGUUAUAAAAUUUGACGUCGAAUAGAUUUCACUAAGUCCGUACUGAACGUAUAAAAUUCAUUGUUUUGAAAAUAUAAACAUUAUUUUAACAAUCAAUAUAUCAUCGGUAAAAUGUAUGUUUAUGGAAAAAAAGUUGUUCAGCAUAAACUAAUAGUGCAAGAUAAAAUGUGUAGCGCAAAAUUUCGUUUUGGAGUGCGGCGUCGUAUUGGAAUAAGGCGUUGUUUCAUUUACAUUAAUUUCAAUAAGCUCAAUAAUUAUGAAUAAACAUCUAAUGUUUGUAAUAAUUGAUUUUUUUAUGAAGAUAAAAGACGCGUUGGAGAGUGCGGAAUGAUGCAACUCUUGAAGGACUAUAUGCCGUGAUGGGACAGAUCACGGCAGUGAUACAGAUGAAGUCGAGGAUACAGAAACUGAUGGUUCCCACGCUUCGGAAACCGACGCUAUUGGUAAUGACGUAGAUCAAGAAUCGGGAAAAGAUAAGGUGAAGCAGCCCCGACAGCUGACGUCCGGCCGGCUUACCUGCGCUCCGAAAAGCGGACACAAAUGGUUCUCUAUGCGCCCAAGCAGAAAGGUAGGCGAUCAACUCUAAAAUAUAAGCGCGCGACUAAAGAAAUGGAUGAUUGGAAUAAAAUUUUAAUUGGUCCUGCAGAGAUCAUUAAAGAUCGUUUUUAUUUUGUCACUGUGACAUCACCUGACAAGGCCAAACAUACAGCCAACACUCAUUAUUUUAGUAUAGACAAUGAAUUAGUAUAUGAGAAUUUCUAUAAAGACUUUGGGCCUCUCAACCUUGCAAUGGUCUAUAGGUAUUGUCAAAAAGUUGACAAAAAGGUGAAAACAAUUACAUCAAACAAAAAAAUUGUACAUUAUACAACAACAGAUCCUCAGAAAAGGGUGAAUGCAGCAUUUUUAGUAGCAUGCUAUGCGAUAAUAUAUUUGAAAAAAACAGCAGAUGAGGCCUAUAAGUAUUUAACAGCUAGUCCAAAUGCUCCACCUUUUGAAAUGUUCCGUGAUGCCUCAAUGAGAGAACCCUGUUAUGUGAUAUCACUGAAAGAUUGCCUCAAUGCAAUCUAUAAAUGCCAUCAACUAGGUUUUUUCAACUUUCACGAUUUCAAUUUAAAGGAAUAUGAGCACUUUGAACGUGUUGAAAAUGGUGACCUAAAUUGGAUACUUCCAGGCAAAUUUAUUGCUUUCUGUGGACCUCACUCAAAUAAUCAAUUUGAAAAUGGUUAUAUGCUACAUGCACCAGAAUCGUAUUUUAAGUAUUUCAAGCGUCAUAAUGUGACAACGAUCGUUAGGCUAAAUAAAAAGCGUUACGACGCUACGAGUUUCGUAGAAGCUGGUUUCGAUCAUAAAGAUUUAUUUUUCGUCGAUGGCUCUCCUCCGACCUUGUCAAUUGUUAGGCAGUUCUUGAAAAUUGCCGAGAAAACCGAUGGAGCGGUGGCCGUCCAUUGUAAAGCUGGCCUUGGUAGGACUGGCACCUUAAUCGCUUGUUACAUCAUGAAACAUUACCAUUUAUCGGCGCUAGAAUCGAUCGCUUGGAUCCGAAUAUGCAGACCUGGUUCUGUGAUUGGUCAUCAGCAACAGUGGUUAUUAGACAAAGAAGAACAUUUACAUUCAUUACGAAAAGAUCCCUUGCGCUCUGAAAAUGGUAACCCAGUUCACGAGUAUGGAAUUUACUCAAAAAAUGUUACUGAAACGGAUGCGCCUAUGGCUCAAACUAGGCAUCCACACCUCCUGCAGGACAACGUAUCUGGAAUCAUGCACAGAGUCGAUGGCAUAAGACUAGAGGAUAACAAGGCUGCAAUUAAGACUCCAGUUAAGCUGUCGAUUUUGACGCAAGGCGACAAAUUGAAUCAAAUUAAAGCAAGAAGAACACUCUCUCCUAAUGUCAAUAUCGGAGGAAAUUCGACUACUACUGUUCCAGUAGUGCAUCCUUACUUAGGCUCUCUGUUGCAAAGCAGAGGUCAAAAAGGGUUGUUAAAUUCUCAAAUCGCAUCCAAGGAAAAGGAUGCGGUAAAACGCGUUAUCACUCGCUCAACAUCAACGACGGUUAUCAAAAGAAACGGCAACGAGCAAAGCGCGCCGGCCUAUCGACGUCAUUUACCUAAACCGCCAAUUCUGACCCACCGCCAUACAACCACCACAACCCACCAUCACAACAACAACAAUACAAGCACCACGAUCCACCACCAACACAACCACCAUCAUGAAAAUAUAACAACCAGUCCGAUUCCCACGUCCAAGCCAAGCUGCAGCAGGCCUCGAGCCUCCUCGCGGCCGAGUGUCACCACAACCACCUCAACCCACCACCACCAAGUCGCCACCUCCGGCCCUAAUUGCGUUGUGCGCUACUGGUCUCUCAGGCAAAAGGGCUCCUCGGUGGAGAGUGAGAAGCAACCUGCGACCGCGGCAGCAACGCCGGUCGCCAACGCGCAGCAGCCUAAGUCACACAUGUGCACGAGGAGCGGGCUGCGCUCGCAGGAAACGUCUGCCAACGCACGACAUCACUCGCUCAGGCAUGCGCGCACGACAAAAAGUUACAAAAAAGCAAUUAUCAGAUGACUAACCGAUAUUCUCAGUGGCGACGGGCUGCGCCGCGGGGAUGUCGUCGUAGCGGCAACGGCAACCACAUCGCUGCCGGUGCCACGUGUCUCGCACCAACGGCGCAGAUCACAUCGCGUCAACCCCAUCAUCCAGUAGAAACUUAUCGCAUUUUUGCACAUGCUAUAAUUAUUAUUGUUCAUCAUCAACAAAAUUCAUCAUCGGAAUAAUUAUCGUCGCGGAAAAUCAUCUUUUGUUUCUUUUUCUUUUUUUUUGUUUCAUGUUACAUUGAACGCACCAACACACACGAUUAUAUGGUGUAGAACGUUGUUUUUUGUGUUACGAACCGUAACUAUUCGCGAGUUGAUCGUCAUUCGAAAAAGCAAUUAUUUAUAGCAAUAUCGUUUUCUUGUUGCUUUUCAAUGAAUUUUCAAUAUGUAUACGUAUUUUUUCUCUGUUAGUUGUGUAAGAUUUUUUUUUGUAAGUCGUGAAUUUUUGUCUCGAGUUUUUUUUGUAGUUUAUUGAAAACUUUGAAUCGUAUAUUUAUAUUUUUCUACGUAUUAUUUUUAUGUACAAUCAAUUGUGAAUUUUUCUUAUUUUUGGCUUUGUGUUUCGUCAAUUUGCCUUGACACGUUAAGCGAAACGUAUAUAAAAAGAUAAAAUUCAUUUCGUCACAACAUAUAAAGGUCCGUGUAACAAAAUAUAGUUUCAUUGAGAAUCAACAGUACUAAUGGUGAUCAGAAAUGCUCCGUUAAUAUGUAAACUAAUAUCGUUGGAUUUUUUAACGAUUUCAUCAAUGUUUCAACAAAUGUGUAGAAAUCAAUAUAAUAAUGUAUGUACACAGCGUAAGACUUUUGACGGACGGUGUUUUAGUGGCACAAUGAAUUCUUAAUUAUGUGAUAUUGUACAGUCGAGAAAAAGUUAUGUACAAUUAUGAAAUAUUGUCAUUUUAUUUUCUUUUUGGAUGGCUGUUGGCUUAUAAUCAAAGAUAUAUUAUACAUUUUUUAAUCACGCAGUGCAGAAAUCAAGUUUCUUUAUUAUUUCAGCACACAAUGUUCGAUCAAAUAUGUGGCUUGCUAUCAAUGCUUACAAUUCAAUUGCGAUUAAAUAUAAAAUAUGAACCUAGAUUUAACUUUUUUUUAUAAUGUUGAUAUGACUGACUUGUAUUGUACGAUGCAACUUAUAAGUUACAAAGCAUAAUUGUACAUUGUUUUUUCUUUAAAAUGCAUAAAUAUUAUUGAUUAAAAGUUUGUGCGUUUUUCCAGCGAAAUUAUUUUUCGAAGCUAUAAUCAAAGAUAAAACAAAAGUGUUUAAUUUAGAGAUAAUAUACAGAACGUUCAUAUAUAUUUUUGGGUUUUAAAAAUUGUGCAACAAAUUCUGUAAUUUUAUGAAAUUGUAAAUUAUUCGUGUCGGCUCCAAUCAAAAGCCAAUCAAAGCGUGCUUAGGCGAAGCAGCUAUGUUUUAUUUGUAAAGCUACCAGACACAUUCUUGUAUCGGUUUUAUUCGCCUCAAGAGUAACUAUGUUUUUUUCUGUAUUUAUUAUUGUAAAGAAUGUAUUUGAUUAUUUUGUUGAUUUAUGUUGUAUAAUUGUAAUUUUUUGGAUUUGCGUGCUUUACGUAUUUAAAAACGCACAAACUGACAUAUGUAAAUCUAUAUUUACGUAAACAAUUUUUCGCAAAUCAACAAUUAAGUGAUGCAAAUUGCAAUAUGCAAUUGAAAUGCCGAAUGUAUUAAUUUUGAUGAUGAUUACCUCUCAAAUAUACAAGUUUUCGAACACACAUUAUUAAAGACUGCACUAUAAAGAAUUUUACGUAGUCGCCUAGUAUUCAGUAUAAUGACUGAAACACAGAUGUUAUAAGCCUAAAAAUGUCAAGCUUGUGAAUAACUAUACUAUUAUCCCGGAAUUUCGGCUGAUAAUGUGAAUUUCAUGUGCGUUUUACAUCGUUAACUUCUCUUGAAAGAAAAAAGUGUUGACAUAAUAAAAAUUAGUCGUUAGUCAGUUUUAGAGUUGAUGGAGUAAGAUUUUUUACUCUUUUCUUUUUUAAAAGACUUAGUGGUGUAUAUGUAUGUCAUUCCGUCAAAAAAACAUAAGUUUGUCAAAUGGGACAAAACAUUUAAACCCGGUGAAUUUAUCUGAGUGAGUGACAAUCUCGAUUGUGUAAUUUUGUAGACCUAUGAUGUCAAAAUAAUAUUUUGUUUGUUUUUCUUGAUCAAAAAUGUGAGAGUAUGUUUUUUGCAAUGGGAUGUUGAAAAUCAGAAAAAUGAAAUUUACAAACAAAGUUAUAUAAGAUUAUUAUUAUAUAGAGAGAAUAGAAUAGGUGUUUGUUCCAUGAAAAAAAAAACUUGAAUCGUGUUAUAUCUAAUUUUGUAAACGUAUUCAGCAUUUAUAAAGAGAGAAUUUCAAUACAAAUAAAUAUGAUAUAUUUAAAUCUAGACUAAAAGCGCAUAUAUAUAUUUAAUACAUAUAAAAAUCUAGUUUUCUUUUCUAAAGGUGUAUUGCAUAAAUCAUUGUUAGAAUCUAUGGAACUUAUCAAACUUGUUUAAAAUAAAUGCGAUAAAUGUCGGUCUUCCUGACACCGUGAGUAGUAUAUAAAUGAUGAAAACAAGUAUGUAGAAAAUGUAUGUAUAUCCAAACUUCUUUUAUAAAUAUAAUAAGAUGUUGGUAUUUCUUCUAUAAAUCACUGUAAACACAAGCAUAUAUGGGUUUUGCAAAAAUUAAAGCUU